AACUCGGGCGUCACCUCACCACAUCAAUUAUCCGUGACCUGGGCGCCGCCAUGCGACUGGGAUAAGGACAAAGGCGGAGGAGGAGGAGGAGGCGGAGGCUGGCAGAUGCAGAGCAGCGCCGACGAGCGUCGAGAAUACUAUCGAGGACAAAGGGGACGCAGAACUGCUUCACAGGACGAUAACAGAUCCUAUGAACUGAACGAUUUGCACACCACAGCACAUAAUCAGAGCAGCGACGUCGACAGCAACGCCUAUAACUAUCACGAGUCACAACAGCAUUCACAUUAUCAGCCGCAGGACCUUCCAUACGAGCAACAAAAUGGCGUCGGCGAUGUGGACGAUGAGGAGGACUACUCAAUUUCCGUAUCGGCGAUAAUGCAAAGACGUGCCAGUGUGCGUGGCUAUCGAGGCAAACGUGGCAGUCGCAGCUCGCGACGUGCAUCGAGUCCCAUGGAUCACGUGCUCGAUAGUGUGGAGCGGCGACGCUCCAGUGUUUAUACCACAAGCUCAGAGGAGGGCACCAAUCAGGAGUCCACGCAGGAGCAAAUCUUUGAGAAUAUACGCCUGCACAAGGAGGUCAUACAAUCGGUCAAAUUACAGCCAUGGCCCAUACGCAAGAAGUUGAAGCUGGUGCGGCAGGCCAAAACGUAUGUGGCACGCCACGAGGGAGCGCUGCAGGAACGCUUUGCCAUGUCACGCAGCACCCGAGAUUUGUGGGCGAGGUUUAAAAUUUUAAUGGCAGCGCGAUGGCGGCACUGGAAACGUGAAACCACCAGCUUACUCACAGUGCUCAUACCCUGGGAACUGCGCAUCAAGGAAAUCGAAUCGCAUUUUGGCUCCGGCGUCGCAUCCUAUUUUACAUUCCUGCGCUGGCUCAUGUGGGUCAACAUUAUGAUUGCCAUUCCGUUGGUGGCCUUUGUCAUUGGACCGGAGUACUUUGCAACGAAACACGAUGAAACGGAUCCGCGAAAACGCAUGUCCGAACCGGAAUACAAAGUAGCCGGUAAUCUUUUCACAUUCUGGGAAUUCGAGGGCUACUUGAAGUAUUCACCCAUGUUUUAUGGUUAUUAUUCGAGCACUUCCGGCAUCAGCACAUCCGGCUAUAAGCUGCCGUUGGCUUACUUCCUCACUGCCGUGCUCGUCUACAUCUACAGCUUUGUGGCCACGCUAAGAAAAAUGGCGGAGAAUUCGCGCAACUCGAAACUUUCCUCGAAGGAUGACGAGUGCGUCUUCUCGUGGAAACUCUUCACCGGCUGGGACUUUAUGAUAGGACACGCGGAGACGGCGCAUAAUCGCAUCGCAUCCGUUGUUGUUGGCUUCAAGGAGGCGCUACUCGAGGAAGCCGAAAAGAAAAAGGAUAAUCGCAACUGGCGCGUGAUAUUACAAAGGAUAUUGGUUAACAUUCUGGUCAUGGGCCUGCUGGGAUUAUCGGGAGCCACAGUCGUCCUGCUGGUGAAUCACUCUGAGGAUUUGGCCAAGCACGACAAUUGGCUCAGUCGCAAUGCCGUGAAUGUGACCAUGACGCUGUUAUCCUUCUUCCUUCCCAUGAUAUUCGAAGCCUUGGGCCUCUUCGAGAACUGGCAUCCCAGGCAGCAGCUGCGUCUGCAACUUGCGCGCAUCAUGAUACUUAACAUGUUGAAUUUGUAUUCGCUGAUGUUCUCGUUCAUCUACAAGAUCAACAGCAAAGAGAAACCGCUCCAGAUGCUGAAGCUGGAGAACGAAACCAACACGCAGGAGCUGCACCACCUGAUGAGCUCCAUUGAGACACUGCGAGCGAUGACAACAACGACGCCGCUUUACAGUGACAGCACGUCGGACGGCUUCUCUGAUGAUCUGACCACAACGACGCCUUGGGGAGCCGAUUCUUCGGGCACCACCGAUGCGCUCUUCUCUAGCACUGCGGUGGGUGCAAUGUUGUCAACGGUGCAGCGAAUUAAGUGCUAUAACAUAACUUUUAAAUGCUCAAAACCACGACUAUUUCGGAUAUUUGGCAAUCCCAAAAACAUUACCACCACCUUGAUGCUGCUGAAUCUGACAACAACCACAAUGUUGCCCAGCAUAACGACGCCAACAACAACCACCGAAAUGUGGACUUCGCCGCCACCCAUAACAACUACUGAAACAACGACAACGACGACGACGACACCUUGGACUACCUUACCCACAACCACUCCAACGACAACAACCACCAAAGCAACAACCACAACGCUGCCAACCACACAAAGUACAACAACAACAACAACCACAACGACAACUGCGGCGCCAUUUACCACCGAUGAGGAUGGCUCCUAUGACUAUGGCAGCGAUGAGCCACAGUUGGGUUCAUCCAGUACUACAACGACGCCAGCGCCGGGCAACGAUAGCUACUUCAACUAUGUGGAUUACUUUGAAGGUGGCGAGUUGCCCGAUGGCGCCGAUGAGCUGGUUACCACUGAGCAAUCAGAUGAUCCGUUGGCACAGGCGCUGGCUCAACUGGAUGAGCAGCCACGGAAGAAAAGGCAGGUGGAGCAAUCGCCACCUGUGUGGCACACCAGCAGAUACAGUCGAAGGCAUCGAAAUGGUAGCACGACACUGUCAGAGCCUACAACACCCGCUAGUUACACACCGCCACCCAUCUACAGACCACCCUAUAGGCCAGCACCACCAGUAUGGACGCCACCAACAAGCAGCAGCAGCACCACCACCACCACGACCACAACACGUCCUCUAAGCCGACUGAGUGAGGAAGAGUGGCGACGUUUUCUGCAAGAGAGGCGCAACAAAUUCAACAUUCCCAACAUCACCACCACAACUACCACCAGCACCACUCCGAAACCCAACACCGCCACGAGACCUACGACGACAACUACCAUACGCACCACUGAGGCGCCAACAACCUCAACAACGGAGAACAUAGAAAGCAGCAGCAGUACUACAGAGAGCUUCAGCUCCAGCAGCAGCAGCGAUGGAAUCUUCGGCUCUAGCAGCACCACCGAAGAUGAUGAGAACAUAGUUGGCGGCAGCACAACUACAACACCCUUCUAUAUAGACUACGCGCAGAUUGAGGGCAUUGGCAGCACAGUCUUCUACGACAACGAUGCGCAACAUGGCAACACCGAGCACUGUGUGAUCACCGUUUGUCCGCCCGAGAAUCAGGACUUCUUCGGCAGCACCACCACAGCCGACGGACUGGAAACCACACUCAGUAGCGAAGCGCGGCAAACCACAGUGAAGAAGACUCCUCUAGAGUUGCAAGUGGAGCGACUGAAGGAAGUGCGUAAGGCACUGAAAACCAUUCAAAUGAAUCUUACAACAAUGUGCUGGGAGACAUCAUUGGGUCAGGAGUUGUCAAAGGUCAUCGUCUUUGAUGGGCUCAUGUCCAUCGUGGCGCCGCUAUGCAUCGACUUUCUGCGUGCCCUAUUUGUGCGGUAUGUCAAUCAAAACUGGUGCUGGGACAUGGAGAAAACGUUUCCGCAGUAUGGAGACUUUAAGAUAGCUGAGAACAUCCUGACGUUGAUUAAUAACCAGGGACAGGUGUGGAUGGGCAUUUUCUUCUCACCCGGUCUUGUGCUCAUCAACCUUGUCAAACUGAUGAUUAUGAUGUACUUUAGAUCCUGGAUUGUACUCACCUGCAAUGUGCCACACGAGGUGGUCUUUAAAGCCUCCAAAUCGAACAACUUUUAUCUAUCCCUGUUGCUGACCAUGUUGUUCCUCUGUGUGCUGCCCGUUGGCUAUGCUAUUGUUUGGCUGCGUCCUUCCUGGCACUGUGGACCCUUUUCCGAGUACAAUCGCAUCGCUGAGUUCAUAACAAAUACCACCAGAAACGCGCUACCCAAGCAACUUCAUGAGCCACUGGACUAUCUGACAUCGUCGAGUACCGUUAUACCGCUUCUUUUGCUACUCAUACUCAUCAUUUAUUAUCUCAUAUCGCUGACGGGGGCGUUACGCGAAGCUAAUCAGGAUCUGCGUACACAGUUGCAGAAGGAGCGCGAGGAGGAGCGCAAAAAGAUUUUCAAAGUUCCCGAGGUUAAGCAGGCGGAACCAACCGCCACAACACUGACAAAUCGCUGGCGCAAAGUGCUCGAGGCAUCGUCCCCCGUCACGCCCACACAGCCGCCAGAUUUUGAUAACGAAGAGUACAAGAAUCAGGCACGCAAAGAGCUCAUCUCACGCAUCAUGAAGAAGGCAUUGCGCAAGGGUUCAGCCACCUCGGAUGACGACUCGUUGCGUCGCGACGACGACGACACGGACACUGAGCACCAAGACUCGUUGCCUCACGACGAGGAGCCCAAGGAGAAGCGCAGCUUUGGCCUGUCACGCUUGCAACAAAUACGUCGCACCCGGAAACCCUCGCUCGUGGACAUCGUGCAGAUUGCCAAGCAGGAACGAGCACGUUCCGAUUCCAUUGCAGCGGCCGCAAAUGCUGGUGGCAGCAGUCCCGGUACCAACCACUUUCCCGUCAAGGAACCGCAUCCUAAGAGUCGCUUCAAGGUGGACAGACAUGAGCGCAAGGAGCGGGAAAGUUUCAGGGAGAAAAAGGAGCACAAGCAUAGGCAACAGCCACCGCCCUAUGACCCACCAAAUGAACACGAUCCGGAGACUAACUCGCGCAUUGUGAAUGAACGACGCGCUAGCUUGUUGCGUCGCAAGCGGGACAAAGAGAAGGACAAGGAGAAGGAGAAGGAGAAGGAGAAGGAUGAGCAAUCGAAGCCCACAACACCCGAGGCGGAAGCACAGGCUCCUGAGCCAGCGGCACCUGAGAGUCACUUUCACAUAGUGGACGAAAAGAAGCCUCCCGAACAUGAGGAGCAACAAGAGCGGCCACCUCCGCCGCCGGUUAAAGAGGGCGGUCCCCUCGAAGGUCUCGGGUUGAGCAAAUUCAAGUUCCGCAGACACAAGUCGAAGCACAACUCGUCGACCAGCAGACAAGAGCCUGAAGUAUUUAAGUUUGAUGACAAGAGUCUCGAGAAGAAUAAAUCCGGAGAGAUUCCCCAAGUGCCCAGCAGCGAGCACCUAAACUGUGAGCUGACAAGUAGCAACUCCAAUGGCAAUGGCAAUGGAUCGUCUGGUGAGCCGCAGCCGUUGCCUUCACCCACUCCUAGCUUGGGUCUGAGUCAGCGCCAAAUGAAUGCAGAGAAACUGGCGGCAUUGUCUCGCCAGGGACGCAAGAAAAUUGGUUCCCUGUUGGCACUCGUACGUGAGGCAGUUAAUCUGAAAAAGGACGAUGUUGAGCAAGGGUCAGAUGAGUCGCCAGGGCCCACAACACCCACAUAUUUGGCCUACACACCGCCACCACCACCUUCAGUGUUGUCGAGCAACUCAAGUGCCACAGCUCUGGACAUGCCACCAACGCCAGAGCCGGAUUCACCCACACCCAGUGCGCCACUGCACUUUGGCAGCAGCACAUCCUCAUCGUCCAGUCGUCCAACCAUCAAGCCUCCAAUACCACCCGCAGUUGGUGGCCCCAACUCAUCAUCCACGCCCACUCUAGCCACCAUGGAUGAUUUGGAGGAACUGGAUCUGCCUGGUCCGAUUACCUUCCCCAAACGCAGUGCUUCCCAGCGGCGUCGCGUCAUGCGAGAGGACUCCCAAAGUUCUAUCUGGUCCGACAACAUUCCAACGAUUACCAUCAGCACCACAGGCAGCGACGAAUGCAUUGUGGAGCCUGAAGUAACACCUUCGGCUCCUGCUAUGAAUGGACAUCCAGAGCGAAGCGAUUCACCUGGUCCCACUGUGAAUAUCAUAAAGAUCGAUAUUGAGGAGAGCGAAGAUGAGGAAAAGUAAUUUUACAAGUGUCCUUCAACAACCAGAGUGUCUUCUUAGUCCAAGAAAAUUGUUUAGUCUACUUACCACUUAGCUUAAACAUGUUAUGAACAACAAACCCUAGUAAAUUCAAUACUCCUCUCUCUUCAUCUAUUUGUCUAUCCUACAACACGAAACUUAAUAAAAAAAAUAGAUUGC